AUGCUAGGAUCAAACCUAGACUUCUCGACAAGCUUUCAUCCCCAAACUGAUUGUCAGACCGAGCGCGUCAAUGCACUGUUAGAGCUGUAUUUGCAGCACUAUGUGAGCGCUAGCCAGCGGGAUUGGGCAAAGCUUCUUGACAUGGCCCAAUUCUCAUUUAACUUGCAGCGGAGCGAGGCAACCAACAAAAGUCCUUUUGAGAUCAUCAUGGGACGACAACCAAACACACCUCUUUCACUAGCCACACGCUAUGAUGGGAAGAGCCCUGCAGCCUUCAGGUUAGCCAAGUCUUGGCACGAACAAACCGAACUUGCUCGUGCAGCCCUACACAAGGCAGCAAAGAGAAUGAAGAAAUGGGCUGACAAGAAGAGAAGGCAUGUUGAGUUCCAAGAAGGUGAUCUUGUUCUUGUAAAGCUUCUGCCCCAGCAGUUCAAGACCUUAAGGAAAGUGCACAAAGGCCUCGUGCGCAAAUAUGAAGGGCCCUUUCAAGUGAUUCAACGCAUCGGCAAAGUUUCGUAUCGACUCCAACUCCCUCCGAAACUGAAGAUACACCCGGUAUUUCAUGUAAGCUUGCUGAAGCCAUUCCAUGAAGACCCGGAGGAGCCAUCCCGAGGAGUCUCAAAACGAGCCCCAACGGCCGUUGUAACAUCAUUUGAUAAGGAAAUCGAGGAAAUACUUGCCGACAGAGUCGUUCGCCGAUGUGGUGUGCCAAACUAUCGGGAAUACUUCAUAAAAUGGAAGGGACUUCCUGAUACCGAAGCCAGUUGGGAGACUGAAAACUCAUUGUGGCAAUUCCAAGAUUCACUGCUUAACUCAUUCCGACGAGUUAAGGCCGCACAACUUAGCAAAGAAGUUAAGUGCGUGACUUAUGCUCACCUAGCAAUUUACAAAGUAUGCUUUGGAGGUAAAGAAGACUGUGUUGAUAGCGAUAUACUUGCAGGGAUUGAUGCAGCUAUUGAAGACGGCGUUGAUGUGCUCUCACUCUCCAUAGGUGGAGAUUCAGUACCAUUUGCUGAUGACUCCAUUGCAGUUGGCUCAUUUGCAGCAAUUCGGAAGGGAAUAUUUGUAAGCUGUUCUGCUGGAAAUUUUGGCCCUUCCAACAGCACACUUUCUAAUGAAGCUCCAUGGAUUCUAACAGUUGGAGCAAGCACCGUAGAUAGAAGCGUAGUAGCCACAGCACAGCUUGGGAAUGGAGAAGAACUGGAUGGUGAAUCUCUUUUCCAGCCCAAGUCGUUCUCCUCUACGCUAUUGCCUCUCGUUUAUGCUGGUGUAGAUGGUAAACUGGAGUCUGCAGUAUGUGCAAACGGAUCUCUGAAUGCUGUCGAUGUCAAAGGUAAGGUAGUCUUGUGUGAAAGGGGUGGGGGUAUUGCAAGAAUUGCUAAAGGGGAAGAAGUGAAAAAUGCUGGUGGCGCUGCCAUGAUUCUCAUGAAUGAUGAACCAAAUGCCUUCAGCACUGAUGUUGAUGCCCAUGUUCUGCCUGCAACACACGUUAGCCAUGCUGCCGGGCUUAAGAUCAAAUCCUAUAUUAAUUCAACGGCAACACCCAUGGCAACAAUCCUAUUUGAAGGAACAGUCCUAGGAGAUCCCCAAUCUACUGCUGUUGCUUCCUUCUCCUCAAGAGGUCCCAACUUGGCCAGCCCCGGUAUUCUUAAACCAGAUAUUAUCGGUCCUGGCGUGAGCAUUCUAGCUGCAUGGCCCUUCCCUCUCGACGACAAUAAAAAUUUAAAAUUUACUUUCAACAUGAUGUCAGGCACAUCAAUGUCAUGUCCUCAUCUUAGUGGUAUUGCAGCCUUGCUCAAGAGCUCUCAUCCUUACUGGUCGCCAGCUGCCAUUAAAUCUGCCAUAAUGACCACUGCUUAUCUCCGAAACAUUGAAGGUAAACCCAUUGUCGAUGAAACACUUGAGCCUGCAGAUAUCUUUGGAAUUGGUGCUGGACAUGUUAAUCCAUCGAGGGCAAACAACCCAGGAUUAGUCUAUGAUAUUCAACCAGAUGAUUAUAUUCCUUACUUGUGCGGUCUGGGCUAUAGCGAUGAGGAAGUAAGCUAUAUUGUGCAUAGAACAGUUAACUGUUCAAAUAUUCCAAGCAUAACUGAGGGGCAGCUAAACUACCCUUCAUUUUCUGUUACACUGGGAUCGACUCAGACCUUCACAAGGACAGUGACAAAUGUUGGUCAAGAAAAUUAAUCCUAUUUUGUCACGGUUUUUCCACCAAAAGGUGUUUAUGUAAGUGUGAAACCCAGCAGACUUUAUUUCUCAAAUGUGAACCAAAAGGCAACUUACUCAGUGACAUUCAGUCAUAUUGGAUCAGGUUACAAAGUUGGUGAAUAUGCUCAAGGAUAUAUAAAAUGGGUUUCUGCUAAGUACUUUGUAAGAAGUCCAAUCUCUGUGAGAUUUGAAUAAAGAACAGAUGCUACUAGGCUCAACAAGGAAGAAAUGAGUUGUACUGUCAUAGAAUCAAAAACUGCCGGUAAGAUAUUGUGAUUGUACAACAGUACCAUCUCGUUUCUUCAAGUACCCUUCAA